AUUAUAGAGGACCCCAACUCGCUCCGUCUUAAAUCGUGGUAACAAAACACAACAUAUAGAUCUGAUCAUCGAAUAUAAUUCAUUAGAAUAUUAACGUGGAUUUUGAAUAACAUCACCAACUUGCCAAUGGCUAUUAACAGCAUAACGCUGACCCUGGUCCUCUGCGUUCUCCUCGGGCUAGACCGCGGCGGAGCUCUGGGAAUCUGCAGUGUAUCACACUGCAAGGACCCCGCACGGUGCGCGAUGUAUCCGAGCGGAACUGUGUGCAAGUGCACCAAAGGGUUCUAUGGAGAUCAGUGCGAUAAAGACGCCAAACUGAAAGUGCUCUGCGGCAAGGACUUCAUAACGAUGCGAAUGGCUGAGGACUUUUUCAAAUACUAUGAAAUUCCUCUCGACUCCCUGCGUCUGCCCAACAAGUCCUGCCGAGCCCAGAGGGAGGUGAUAGGCGGCGUGCCGUACUACAUGGCCCGGAUAUCCAAAGAGAAGUAUGCUUUGUGUGGAGGCAAGCCGCUGGAGAAAAACAUCACUCACAUCGCCUACUCGUUGACCCUGCUGUCAGCAGCCCAAGUGGUGGGAAACAUCGUGCGUGACCCGGUCAUCAGAAUAGACUACACGUGUGUCUACCCUUACACCCGGAGUGUCAGUCUGGCUUUCCCAGUCAUACCUUUAUCCAGUGAGACGCUGAUGCGUAUGGACGAGAUGGACGCCAAGGUGGAGAUGGCUUUGUACACGGACGCCAACUUCACCUCGGCCUACAGCCACGCCCCCACCAUCCACCUGAGGAACAAGGUGUACGUGGAGGUGAAGGUGACGGAGCCCGAGGAUUUCUUCGUGCUGGGAGUGGACGAGUGCUGGGCCAGCCAGUCCUCUGAGCCCGACGCCACCGGCCAGGCCGUCCACAGCCUGCUCCACAGAGGGUGCGUGACCGACGACACCGUCACCAUUCUGCACCGGAACGCCAGCGCGGGCUCGAGCGAGGGCGGUUCCCUGACGCGCUUCUCCUUCGACAUGUUCCGCUUCGUGUCGGAGCCGCACGACCUCUACCUGCACUGCUCCGUCCAGCUGUGUGAACCCGACGACCACGCCCUCUGCACGCCCAGCUGUAAAUCCAUCAUCAAGCGCGAGGCGCUGAGGGCCGACAACGCUCACGGCCUGCUGUCCUACGGACCAAUCAGAGUAGAGAUGCCCGACCCACCGCAGCCCAUAGGUCUGCUGAAGAUGGUGAUUCUGCCCUUGGCUGGAAUCUGGACCGUGGGCCUCUUCCUCCUCAUCCUCCUCAUCGUCGCCAAGUCAGGCCGCAGGAGGAUAGAAGACCCGGUGCUUUGAAUGUGUCUCGCUGCUGCAAUAAAACGUACACAAUCCACCAGA